AUGGCUGCAACAUGGAAUGAAGCUGUAUUUGCCGCUCGGAGAAGACAUGAUGAUGAAGAAACCACAAGAAGUAGCGUUUUCACAUAUACAAACAGCAACAAUACGCGGGGGUCCCUUUGAAGGUCCAAAUUAUCACAUUGCACCUAGAUGGGCCUACAACGUCACCACACUCUGGAUGAUAUUUGUAGUUGCAGCAUCUGUUUUCACCAAUGGGCUUGUCUUAGUAGCUACAUUUAAGUUUAAAAAGCUUCGACACCCUCUGAACUGGAUCUUGAUGAACUUGGCUAUUGCUGAUCUUGGGGAGACUGUCAUUGCCAGCACCAUCAGUGUCAUCAACCAGAUUUUCGGUUACUUCAUCCUUGGCCAUCCCCUGUGUGUGAUUGAGGGGUACACUGUUUCAGUGUGUGGUAUCACUGGACUUUGGUCAUUAACAGUAAUUGCUUGGGAAAGAUGGUUUGUUGUAUGCAAACCCUUUGGCAACAUUAAGUUUGAUGGAAAACUGGCUGCUGGUGGAAUAGCAUUCUCUUGGCUUUGGGCAGCAGGCUGGUGUGCACCUCCAAUAUUUGGCUGGAGCAGAUACUGGCCCCAUGGCUUGAAGACAUCUUGUGGUCCAGAUGUGUUCAGCGGUAAUAGUGACCCCGGAGUUCAGUCUUACAUGAUGGUGCUCAUGAUCACAUGUUGCAUAAUUCCUCUGGCAGUCAUCAUCCUUUGUUACAUACAUGUUUGGUGGGCCAUUAGAAAGGUAGCCCAGCAGCAGAAAGAGUCUGAAUCCACCCAGAAGGCUGAACGGGAGGUCUCCAGGAUGGUAGUUGUCAUGAUCAUGGCUUACAUCUUUUGUUGGGGACCGUACACAAUUUUCGCCUGCUUUGCUGCCGCCAACCCAGGCUACAGUUUCCAUCCCUUGGCUGCCUCGUUACCUGCCUAUUUUGCCAAGAGUGCCACCAUUUACAACCCCGUCAUUUACGUCUUCAUGAACAGACAGUUCCGGAACUGCAUCUAUCAACUAUUUGGUAAAAAAGUUGACGAUGGCUCAGAACUUUCUUCUACAUCUCGGACAGAAGUAUCCUCAGUUUCCAAUUCUACCGUGUCACCUGCAUAA